AUGUAUUGCAUGGGUGAGCGUGAAGGGAGUGAUCUUGAAGACGAGCAAGAUGCUGAUGUGGAAUACGACGUGAAUGGCUCCGUCGAACGUUCUGCGGGAACAAGUAUCAACGAGAUUGACAUGGUCUCCCUAUUGGCUGGAGCCAAACUUCGUCCUGAGCCGGCCAAUAUUUCGCGCGGAUACGAGAUGAUCACCUCACCGGCGUCCAAGAUGAUUAUCCCAUUCGACCACAAUGCUGUCAGCACUUCCACUACAGGCCACGAGGACGACGAGGGUUGGGAGAACGUCCAGUUUGACAUGGACAUGGACGACGUGUAUGAAAGCGUGCUCUCCGAGUCGACAACCAUGAGCGUGCAUGUUCACGCCGACAAGACAAUGCACGCGUAUGGAGAUGUCGUCAAACGCCUUUGA